CUCCACCACUGACUCAACAUAGGCUCUCCCUCUUAAUUUACAACCAACACAAAACUCGUUCCCCGCAAGACUAAAAGCUUGUCAUUCCGGACUAACCAGAGCAGGUGAGUGCAACACAGUCGGACCGGACGAUGAUGGAAACUUUGAAACACACAACUUUAAAAAACUAAAUCAACGUUGGUGGAAAAAAACAGAUGACACAAUCGGUUCAGCUUUAAACUCAAAUAAUCGGAUUUUAUUGUGAUUUACUCGUCAUGUAGACAUUAUAGCUGUUUAAUGAUGUCAACAUUUAAAUGUUUUUUUCCCCUCCCGCUUCUGUCUAUAAUGACGUGAAGGGCUUUUGCUGAUAUGACUAACAACAAUAUUUAAACUCUCCUACUAUUGUGUCCUCUAUACUAAAAGCUAUCGACAAGUGGUGGUGUAUCUACAUUUGAAGCGGCUUAUCUUUUCGUUAGUGAUGUUAUUUCAUUAAAGGAUUAAUAAAUAAAAAAGCUUAUCUCAAGUUUGGAGCGUUACCUACACCUCACCCGCCCGGAGUUAUGUCAGUGCGCGGAAGAAGACUACUCAAAACUGACACCUAACAAAUAUUAUUCGUAUUUGUAAGUUAAAAAAAUGCUCUAUAUUUCUUCUUUCUCUUAUUAAUGUGUUUCUCCUGCUGUAAUUUAUCUACAAAACAAACCAGUAAUGAAAGUAACAGCGUGACUACUUCGAGAGAAUUAUUUAAAAACACCCCUGUCGAUCUUAAUGUGUUUUAGACAUGGAAGUACGUAUAAAGUUCGGGAAACACACCGAAAGUAUUUAUGAUAUCAACAUUCGAGAUGAUUGUCGCCCUCGUGUUGGAGAGAACUCGAGUUCUUCUGAAACCGUUGUGAUGGAACCUGCUAUAUGGUUUAAAUGCCUUGUCAUUUCUUAUAUUCACCUGGAUUGUGAUCUUCGGCGAAUUAAAUUUCGAAAGUCCUUUAGACUCUGUGGCGGGGGUGUCACACUCGAGGCAGAGACUGAAGAAACUUUACAAGGUUCCAAUACCCUCUGUUCUCAUUACCGUUUCAGCGAAAAGUCUAUCGAUGCCACAGACUAUGCUGAAUGUUACGAUUUUGAAUGUUUCUUGGACGAACUGUUUGACCAAGCUAUCGAGUGUCUUAACAAUUUAAGACGUAAAGAAAUCACACUCGACAAAUUCCAUUCUCACGUAUUAAGACUACUUCAUUGUUUUGUGUUUCCGUCAAUAAAAUUUACCACUUGUGAUUUGCCCCUUCUCUUGCAAUCACAGGAUUACAUUUACGAACAGUUGAGUAAAAUCGAAAAAGCUAUACUGAAACAAGACAAACUUGUUUUCCAAACUGAAUCCUCACUUCGUUCGCAAAGAGAACGUUUAUUCCGUACGGAAAGCUUUCACAAAGAGUCUUAUAUUAGACAUAACUGCAAGUCUGAGUUUCUUGAAAUCCUGCUCAAAGAUGUCGAAAGGGACAUUUUUAAGCACGACAGACUUCUGGAUGAAUGUCAGAGAAAAAUCAACAACAUGAAAGAGAGUCGAAGCCAAAAUAUUUCCAUGUUACAAAUUUAUCGCAAAGAUAGAGAUGUAAUUCACCAACAAUUGACAAAUCUGGAAAAUAUUCGCGAAAAUAUAAAGAAUGUGAUUGUAAGGCCUGCAUUGAAAAAGAAAAAAUUUCGGCGCAAGAAAUUACAGAAGAAUGUAUUUCAUGAUAUUUAUAAUGAAGUUUACAAAAAGUUAUUGGAACAAAAAGAAAAGUUGCAGAACCAAUGCUUCAUUAAGGUGAAAAUGGUGACAGUUCGCGAAGCUAUAACUAUGUCGAUUCGAGAUAUCCAAUCUGUUGGUGAAACUUUGGGUAUAGACGUAAAAAUUGAUGGUAGUGAAAGGGCUACAGACAUUCUGGAUGUCAAUGAAAAACCUGAUUAUUGGAAAACACAUAAUGAAAAGAUAGCUUACAUUUUAGCUAAUCCCAAUGAAGCACACAAAAUUCACGCUUGUUUUUGUUCUAACAUCAGAGAUAAAAUAAAUGCCUGUAUUGAUGAAAAUGUUAUGUUUAAUCUUGGCACUUCGAAGAAAGAUACGUCUACUGAAUUUUGGAUUUCGCCUGCGGAAUUGAGUAUUCUAAAUCAAAAUACAAUCACAACACAUCAACGUAGAAAUCUUUCAUAUAAUUCCCUUUCAAAUUCUCCUGAUAGUCUAAGUUACCAAAGUGCCAGUUCUAUGGAAUUACCAGAAUUAGACGAUAGCUGCUGUUUGAACAAAAGACAGUCCAUUCUAAGCGAUUGUUUCAAAACCAUUCCUAUGAAGUCUUCUCUGGAUAAUAUUUGUUCUGAUAUCAAAAGUCACAUGCAGAAGAUGACCUACCAAAUUCUACCGCCACUGCUUUCACCUGAAGAUAUCUCUCCAGCUAAACUGUGGCUGAUUUAUGAGAGUCACCUGUACUUAAAUAUUAUGGACGAUAUUUUUUACCUUUACUCAACAGCCUAUGGUUCGCAAUGCCAAAAACUCAUCAACAAUAUUGCAAAUUUUUCUGUUACAGAGUUUAUAACCGAUGAUGAUUUUGUACAGCAUCUCUUUUCUAAGUGUGACGUGUAUGAUAGCAUCGACCAGGUAGAUUCUGGCAAAAAUAGCAGUAAUAGCAGCGAAGAAGAAGAAAUUCUGAGCACUGGUAACUUUCGACUGUCUACCUCACUAGAAGACUUGAAGUGGCGGGGAAGUUUGGUGAGGAAUUUGUACAAGCGAGCUGAUGAAGAAUGCUCGAAUCUAAUGGAAUCUCUGGAAAUUUGUCCACAAAGCAACUCCUUACAGAGCUCUGUUGAUUCUAAUGAGUCUUUUAUGAGCUGUUUAUCUGCGAAUCCCACAGCACAAGAACCAGUUCGAAAAGAGAUUCCUUUAGCUAAACCGUUCAGGAAUUCCCAAUACAACACAUUCAAGUUUAAACAGUUGUUUACUCCAGCUCUAGUCUACUUGGACAAUCUUUCAAUAACCAGUAGCAUUGUCGCCAAACUCCGUUGUUUAACACGAAUGUUUCAUUGCUUGAAUUCCACAAUUUCUACCCUUUGUGCCGUCGAUAAUAAGCAAUAUUGUGUUUGUUCUGAUGAAAUACUCACUGUAGCCAUAUUGAUGUUAGUAAUGUUGGUGGAACCACAGAAAUUGAAGACAUUCUACAUUAAUUUAUUGGUUAUUGUUGAUCUAAUGGCACCGUGCCUUAUUGGAGGUAUACACGAUUGCAGUUUGACCACAUUCUACAGUGCCUUCCAGUUUAUAUCCGACCGUAUUUUCCUUAUGACUCAAAAGAGAUGAGAUAUGUCGCUGUACAGAGAAAAAGAGAAAAUCCCAGACCAAGACCAUGGUGCUGAUCCUAAAGACAAGCCACUCCCGGUGCUAAGAAAGCAGGUGUGAUCAUUGUUUUAUUGGCCAUUCUUUGAUUCCACUGAACACUGAGAUUCCAGGUUGUGAGGUCUUUUAUGAUGGAAUUCUCUGUUUAAAGAAUUGGGCAAUAAAUUAUUUGAGUGUAAUUGGUGUUUUUUACAAGAGAGGAAGGAGGCUGCAGUUGAAUCUUGGGAUUGAACUCCUCUCACACACAACUGCCAAGCCAACAACCAUUCCAGUUUUUUGUCCAACACAAAUGGGAAAAAAUAUACACACACAUAAAAAUAUAUAUAUGUAUGUAUGUAUAUAUAUAUAGAUACACACAUAAUAUAUAUAUAUAUUUGUUUUGUUUUGCAAAUUGAAGUCAAUAAAAUAUAUUUAAUGUCAAUAUUUUUGAAAUAUUUUUGAAAUGAUUACUACAAAGAAUGUUAUGGAAGAUUUCCAUUGUUUGAGAACCAAAAUCCUGAAUGCUGUUUCAGUUUAUGCUGAAAAUAGAUCCGUUUCUGUUAGUUCCGUUGCUAAUUCCAUUGAAAAAUGCAUGAGCACCACACAAUCUCAUACUGUGUUUCAUAAUAUUUCUUUGACGUUUUCAGUUGAUUGAAUUGAAACUAGAAUGUUGCUUCUGUAUUUUUCUACCAAAUUCCAUAUCUGGGAGAAAUCUUAGCUUUAUUUGUUAAUUUGUUAACAAUUCAGUUCCAACAGACCUUUGAUCAAAGAGCUUCCAGACCUGACCUUCCCCCUAUUUAUAUAGACAUAGUAUUUCUUGGACUACUCCAACUAAUGUCCUGUGUUUUUUUUUUUUUUUCUGAAAUGGCUAGGUAUAAUUUAAGAGGGAUUUGACUGCUAUUUCUAUGUGCUGUCUGUUAUCAGGUUGUUGUUUAGUCCCUUUGUGUGAUUUCAACAGAUCUUUGUUCAAAGAUGUUCCAGAGUUGAGCGUCCUAUUCAGAACAUUGGUACUGACAUUUAUAGCCCCAGGAAGACAUCUCCUCCAGCUGGCUAAUGACACACAUUCUGUGUCUGAUUAGUAUUUGCAAGGGGAGGUCAUCACUCCUAUCUCUAGCCUUAUGUGAUACACAUGGACUUCAGUUUCAUAAGACCCAUUUGAAGUCUGUAGACCAUUGGUUGAAUUAAUAGCACAAAUCCACCUUGCUUCCUCUGCUAAAGGUAUUUGCCAAUACGCAUGCUUCAAAUUGAGAGUGGAGAAAAAUUUUGCACCUGACAUACCAGAGAAGAUAGUCCUUUUCCACAAAGUUAUAUAUUUCAUCUGCUAAGAGGUAUGUUAAUAAUUUUCAGAAUAAUGCUAUAUAAUAUAUCUAUAAUUGACUGCCUCUCCUUUUUCUUUGUCCUUCUGUGUCAGCAGUGUCUUUCAUGUUGGCAUUCACACUGACAUUCCACUUUCUAUAAUCAGUAAGAAAUGGUUGUAUACGGCUGUGUGUUCUUGGGAGACUUUUCAGCCAGAAUCUCUGAACCCCAUCUGGUCCAGAAGCUUCCCAAUUUGAUAUUUUCUCGAUCAUUUCUUUCAGUUUCUUAUCUGUGAUAGAUUAUAUUUUCUUGUCACACUCCAUCAUCCAUUUUUCUUUUAAAUUCUCACACCCGGUCUGCUUUUACAUCGAUUGACACUGCUUCGAUUUUUCCUUUUUCUUUUCAUCAGCCAAAUGUAAUCCUUUCUGCCUAAUGUACUCCCUUUGCCGCUCAUCCUUGUCUCUUUCUCUCACCAUCUUCUUUUCUAUAGUUGUACGUAUCCGUCCAAGAUCUCUACUCUUUUACUUCUUUCAGUCAUUUGACUGCGGCCUUGCUGGAGCACCACCUUUAGUCGAGCAAAUCGAUCCCGGGACUUAUUCUUUGUAAGCCUAGUACUUAUUCUAUCGGUCUCUUUUGCUGAACCGCUAAGGUAUGGGGACGUAAACACACCAGCAUCGGUUGUCAACCGAUGUUGGGGGGACAAACACAGACACACAAACAUACACACACACACACACACACACAUAUAUAUAUAUAUAUAUAUAUAUAUACAUCUAUACGAUGGGCUUCUUUCAGUUUCCCUCUACCAAAUCCACUCACAAGGCUUUGGUCGGCCUGAGGCUAUAGUAGAAGACACUUGCCCAAAGUGCCACGCAGUGGAACUGAACCCGGAACCAUGUGGUUGGUAAGCAAGCUACUUACCACACAACCACUCCUGCCUGUUGAAAUGUUCAAUUUGGUUUCCACAUUUUCAUUCCCACCAUAAAACUUUGUCCCUUGUUUUUUUUUCUUCUUUGGCUUUUAACUCCAAGAAUGUCCAAAGCAGCAGAAGCUGUGCAGUAUGAGAUCAUUCAGGUCUGUUAUAUUUUGAACAUAGAUUUUUGUUAACAGUUCAUACACCUUUUUUUGAUUCCUCUCACAGCUGGUUAGUCAUUUUCGCUAGUUUGUGUCUUACUUAUGCAUUUUAGUAAAUUCCUCCUCUCCUUCUCUGUAACAUUUUCCCCUUCAACAAAUUUAAAUUUAUUUACAUUAUUUACAUUCGAAGGAUAUUUGUCCUCAUCUUGUUUGUUGUUAACACAACAUUUCAGCUGAUAUUCCCUUCAGCCUUCAUCAGGUGUCUUGAGAUUUUGAACCUGGGUUCUCAUUCCUAAGGUAUUUUUCAAUGUUAUUAUCGUUAUUCAGCUCACUGUCUAGAAUCGAACUCGGAAUCCUGGGGUUAGUAGCCCGCACUCUUAACCACUGUGCCAUAUGCCCGUGAGCGUAGUGGUUAAGAGCUCGGACUACUAACCCCAAGAUUCCAGGCAGUGACCUGAAUAAUAAUAUAAUAAUAAUAAUAAUAAUAUCAAAAAAAGUACCAGCUGAGUACUAAGGGUCAAUGUAACCAACUUAGCCACUUCCUUGAAACUGAUGGCUUUGUACCAAAAUCUGAAGUCACUAUUAUUAAGGUAACAAGCUUGCAGGGUCGUUAGCAUACUGGACAAAAUUCUUAGCAGCAUUUUGUUUGUCUUUGUAUUUCUGAGUUCAAAUUCUACCCAGGUCAACUUUGCCUUUCAUCUUUUUUGGGGUUGCUAAAAGAAGUAGGGUCAAUGCAUUUGAUGAGACUUUUCCCUUAAAAUUUUAGACAUUGUGUUCUUUGUAGAAGGAAUUAUUUGUUAUUAUUAAUAUCCCUCCAAAAUUGUUGGCUUUAAUAUUAAUAUCCCUCCAAAAUUAUUAAGAAUUAUUAUUAUUACUCUUAUAUAUUGUGUGAAAUCUAUUGAUUUCUUACAAUACAUAAAUAAUAAUUAUUUUUUAAAAUAUUUAAAAUAUUAUUAUGAAAAUCAAUAUUAAUGUAAAACAAAAAAAAGGAAAAUCAAUAAUUUUGUUAUACUAUUGUAUUGUUUAAUGUUCAGAAUCUAUUUAUUGAUCUAUGCAGUUUUUCAACUGAACUAUAUUUUUCCUACUCUACCAUCACCACCACCACCACAAACAACGACAACAACUGCUCAUAUUUUCUUUUUCUUAUAUCUGAAUGUAACAGAAUAUUAAAAAUUAUUCAUUAAACUUUAGUUUAAUGCUUAUUUGUAAUUUAACUAUUCAAUAAAUAUUAAAAAGAUUAAAUCUAA